AUGGGACAUCGGAAAAAGAGAAAGCAAUCGAGAGACGAUCAUGAGGAAGCCAGCGGCGAUGGCGAAGGCAAAGGUGCUCAUCAAAGACCAAAUUGUUGUGAUACGCUCAUGUUGGCUCUCGUCUGUUUCUUCAUUGUCAUCGUGAUUGCUGUUUCGAUUCCAAUGAUUCUCACUGCUACCGGAAACAUGGAUAUUCCGUUCAUCAAGGAAAAAUUGACUGUAGUUGGAAAUACGACGAGCAAAUAG